CAGGGAGGGAGUUGCUUUCCGGUAAUAGUAAAGGAACGUGAUACUGAAUGAAAAUGCACCAACAGCAUCCUCAUUAGUUGGAGCCUAACUCUUUCUGCUUAACGUUGGUUUCUUUGUCAUCAGGUCUGCUAAAAAAUGACAGAAUAUAAACUUGUUGUCGUUGGAGCUGGUGGUGUAGGCAAGAGCGCCUUGACAAUACAGCUAAUUCAGAAUCACUUUGUGGAUGAAUAUGACCCUACAAUAGAGGAUUCCUACAGGAAGCAAGUAGUAAUUGAUGGAGAAACCUGUCUCUUGGAUAUUCUUGAUACAGCAGGUCAAGAAGAAUACAGUGCAAUGAGGGACCAAUAUAUGAGAACAGGGGAAGGCUUCCUGUGUGUGUUUGCUAUAAACAAUACAAAGUCUUUUGAAGAUAUUCAUCAUUAUAGGGAACAAAUAAAGAGAGUUAAAGACUCUGAAGAUGUCCCAAUGGUGCUAGUAGGAAACAAAUGUGAUUUGCCUUCCAGAACAGUAGAUACAAAACAAGCUCAGGACUUAGCAAGAAGUUAUGGAAUUCCUUUCAUUGAAACAUCAGCAAAGACAAGACAGAGAGUGGAGGAUGCUUUUUAUACAUUGGUGCGAGAGAUUCGUCAGUACAGAGUGAAAAAACUCAGCAAAGAAGAAAAGACCCCAGGGUGCGUGAAAAUUAAAAAAUGCCUUGUAAUGGGUGUUGAUGAUGCCUUCUACACAUUAGUUCGAGAAAUCAGAAAACACAAAGAGAAGAUGAGCAAAGAUGGUAAAAAGAAGAAAAAGAAGACAAAGACAAAGUGUAUAAUUAUGUAAAUACAAUUUAUGCUUAUUCUUAAGAAGUACUUAAGUAAUUUUUGUACAUUACACUAAAUUAUUAGCAUUUGUUUUAGCAUUACUUUACUUUCUGCUUCAUGAUCCUGUUAGCUUUACCUGAAUGCUUGUUUUAAAUGACAGUGGAAACUUCAUUCCUCUUAAAGUGCCAGUAUUCUUUGACUGUUGGUUCUUGAACUAGCAAUGCCUGUGAAAAAAAAAAAAAAGGAAAAACAAAAAAAACCACACUCACAAAAACCUGAGAACUGUCUUAGGGCUUUUUGGUGCAUGCACAGUUGCUAACUUUCUAUUUUUCUUACUGAUUGUGAACUUCUGUUCUGUGUGCAAACCAAACAAUGAAAUGAUGCUCUACACAUUCUAACAUACCCUUUAAUUUUUUAGUUUUCAAAUCUGGUUGGGAAGAAGGACUAGUUAGCAAAAGAGACUUUCAUUUCAGCCUUUCUUUUCUUUUAGACUGACUGCAAUAUAGAGAGACCAGAAGCCUUUAUAGUCUUCCUGUAGAUUUUGCUUCUAGGCAUCUAGUCUUGUAGCAUUUCAGAUCACUUUAAUGAAUGUAAAGAUAAAACUUUCACAAAUAAAUUUUUCACUGCAAUUUGUCACGGUCUCUCCUUAAAUACUCUAUUUUUUCUAUAAAAAAAAGAAAAAUUA